CAGUGACCGACACAACAGACAUGACAGUCAUGACUGACACAACAGACAUGACAGUCGUGACCGACACAACAGACAUGACAGUCAUGACCGACAUAACAACAGUGACCGACGCAGCAGGCAUGACAGUCGUGACCGGCACAACAGACAUGACAGUCGUGACCGGCACAACAGACAUGACAGUCAUGACCGACACAACAGACAUGACAGCAGCGACCGACACAACAGACAUGACAGCAGUGACCGACACAACAGACAUGACAGUCAUGACCGACAGAACAGACAUGACAGCAGUGACCGACACAACAGACAUGACAGUCAUGACUGACACAACAGACAUGACAGUCGUGACCGACACAACAGACAUGACAGUCAUGACCGACAUAACAACAGUGACCGACGCAGCAGGCAUGACAGUCGUGACCGGCACAACAGACAUGACAGUUGUGACCGACACAACAGACAUGACAGUCAUGACCGACACAACAGACAUGACAGCAGUGACUGACACAACAGACAUGACAGUCAUGACCGACACAACAGACAUGACAGCAGUUACCGACACAACAGACAUGACAGUCGUGACCGACACAACAGACAUGACAGUCAUGACCGACACAACAGACAUGACAGCAGUGACCGACACAACAGACAUGACAGCAGUGACCGACACAACUGACAUGACAGUCAUGACCGACACAACAGACAUGACAACAGUGACUGACACAACAGACAUGACAGUCGUGACCGACACAACAGACAUGACAGUCAUGACCGACACAACAGACAUGACAGCAUUGACCGACACAACAGACAUGACAGUCAUGACCGACACAACAGACAUGACAGUCGUGACCGACACAACAGACAUGACAGUCGUGACCGACACAACAGACAUGACAGUCAUGACCGACACAAUAGACAUGACAGUCAUGACCGACACAACAGACAUGACAGUCGUGACCGAGACAACAGACAUGACAGUCAUGACCGACACAAUAGACAUGACAGUCAUGACCGACACAACAGACAUGACAGUCUUGACCGGCACAACAGACAUGACAGUCAUGACCGACACAACAGACAUGACAGUCAUGACCGACACAACAGACAUGACAGUCGUGAUCGACACAACAUACAUGACAGCAGUGACCGACACAACAGACAUGACAGCAGUGACCGACACAACAGACAUGACAGUCAUGACUGACAGAACAGACACGACAGCAGUGACCGACACAACAGACAUAACAGUCAUGACUGACACAACAGACAUGAGUCAUGACCGACACAACAGACAUGACAGUCAUGACCGACACAACAGACAUGGUAGCAGUGACCGAUGCAGCAGGCAUGACAGUCGUGACCGACACAACAGACAUGACAGUCGUGACCGACACAACAGACAUGACAGUCGUGACCGACACAACAGACAUGACAGCAGUGACCAACACAGCAGGCAUGACAGUCGUUACCGACACAAUUAUUAACGGACAUGACAACAGUGACCGACACAACAGACAUGACAGCAGUGACCGACACAACAGACAUGACAGUCAUGACAGACAGAACAGACAUGACAGCAGUGACCGACACAACAGACAUGACAGUCAUGACUGACACAACAGACAUGACAGUCGUGACCGACACAACAGACAUGACAACAGUGACCAACACAACAGACAUGACAGCAGUGACUGACACAACAGACAUGACAGUCGUGACCGACACAACAGACAUGACAGUCAUGACCGGCACAACAGACAUGACAGUCAUGACUGAUACAACAGACAUGACAAUCAUGACCCAUACAACAGACAAAGCACCAGUGACCGACGCAGCAGGCAUGACAGUCGUGACCGACACAACAGACAUGACAGUCGUGACCGACACAACAGACAUGAGAGUCGUGACCGACACAACAGACAUGACAGCAGUGACCGACGCAGCAGGCAUGACAGUCGUGACCGACACAACAGACAUGACAGCAGCGACCGACACAACAGACAUGACAGCAGUGACCGACACAACAGACAUGACAGUCAUGACCGACAGAACAGACAUGACAGCAGUGACCGACACAACAGACAUGACAGUCAUGACUGACACAACAGGCAUGACAGUCGUGACCGACACAACAGACAUGACAGUCAUGACCGACAUAACAACAGUGACCGACGCAGCAGGCAUGACAGUCGUGACCGGCACAACAGACAUGACAGUCGUGACCGGCACAACAGACAUGACAGUCAUGACCGACACAACAGACAUGACAGCAGCGACCGACACAACAGACAUGACAGCAGUGACCGACACAACAGACAUGACAGUCAUGACCGACAGAACAGACAUGACAGCAGUGACCGACACAACAGACAUGACAGUCGUGACCGACACAACAGACAUGAAAGUCGUGACCAACACAACAGACAUGACAGUCGUGACCGACACAACAGACAUGACAGUCAUGAACGACACGACAGACAUGACAGCAGUGACCGACGCAGCAGGCAUGACAGUCGUGACCAACACAACAGACAUGACAACAGUGACCGACACAACAGACAUGACAGCAGUGACCGACACAACAGACAUGACAGUCGUGACCAACACAACAGACAUGACAACAGUGACCGACACAACAGACAUGACAGCAGUGACCGACACAACAGACAUGACAGUCGUGACCGACACAACAGACAUGAGAGUCGUGACCGACACAACAGACAUGACAGCAGUGACCGACACAACAGACAUGACAGUCGUGACCGACACAACAGACAUGAGAGUCGUGACCGACACAACAGACAUGACAGCAGUGACCGACACAGCAGGCAUGACAGUCGUGACCGACACAACAGACAUGACAACAGUGACCAACGCAGCAGACAUGACAGCAGUGACCGACAAGUGAGCGAUUGGAUUCAGAAUCUGUCUAGUGAAGACCUUGAUGAUGUUCAACCCUUGAACCAAGGAGAAAACCGUCAGAGUGGAUUUCCUAUGGAUCGGGCAAAAUUCCAGAGGCGAGUCAUUCAUUUGUCGCUGGAUAUGAGGACCUCUUUGCAAACUCUUACUGGCUCUACACCAAGUGACAAUGAUAUAUCAAUUCAACAGCUGGACUCUAUGGGGGAUGCAGAGGCAUUUGAAAAUGAAUUGGCAACACCUUCUUUUCGCUAAGAAAUGACAGAAAAAUUUGUCCACAUAGGUGGAAUUUCAGUGAAGGAUAUGAUAUCAAAGGUAUUGUGCAGCAUUAUGUUGAAGAAGUUGAUGUGUAAGUACAUGUAUGGACAACAGGGCAGAGUGGCUUUUAAAAAUACAAGAUUGUGCAGUGUCAUCACAGACUGUUAUGAAGAAAUUCAGAGAUGUGAGUUUAACAGAAAUACAGAAGAUGAUUGCAACAAAAUUGUGUAAUGCCCCCAAACUGAAGUAAAGUGGAAACUAAAUCUUGUAGGGUAGUGGGCAAAUAGUGAGGCUGGGUCAGGGGAUACCAUAUAAUCAGGUAACCAGACAUUUUUUAGGGCUUUGGCCUAUAAAUUCUUGUAGAACUACACUAUUAGAAACCUGUCCUUACUGUGAAAACUGUUCUAUGAUCUGUCCAACAGUGUGGUUAGACUCAGUGACUGUUGAUACCCACAUUUUUAUUCCAGGUACGGUGUGCAAAAAAUGUAGCAAGAAGAUAUGUGUAUUCUCAAAGCAUGAACAGAAAUUUGUAUUAGUAAUUAAAAGCCACACCUGUAAGAUCAAGGCAUACUGUGUAGAACAGUCCUUAGGUUAGGGCUGAGGAGGUAAAACUAAAAUCUGAAAUCUGCCACAAAAUGGUUGUUGAUAAUGAAACUGGCUUUAUAAUGCUAUCCAACAGCUCAGCUGGAGUCAGAGUCAAUGUAAUUUUACUGACUCCUGCCUCCUUUCACCCACUAUUGUUGUGACUUGACUGCAGGCCUGCCAUGAAUACCAGCAAAUUGUAAAAAUGAUGAUGUACAGUAUUGUAUUGUGGCUUUUCUUUCUCCUGAUGGAUAUUAAAUUUACACAGUAUUAUAUUGUAUUGUGGCUUUUCUUUCUCCUGAUGGAUAUUAAAUUUACAUAGUAUUAUAUUGUAUUGUGGCUUUUCUUUCUCCUGAUGGAUAUUAAAUUUACAUAGUAUUAUAUUGUACUGUGGCUUUUCUUUCUCCUGAUGGAUAUUAAAUUUACAUAGUAUUAUAUUGUACUGUGGCUUUUCUUCCUCCUGAUGGAUAUUAAAUUUACAUAGUAUUAUAUUGUACUGUGGCUUUUCUUUCUCCUGAUGGAUAUUAAAUUUACAUAGUAUUAUAUUGUACUGUGGCUUUUCUUUCUCCUGAUGGAUAUUAAAUUUACAUAGUAUUAUAUUGUACUGUGGCUUUUCUUCCUCCUGAUGGAUAUUAAAUUUACACAGUAUUAUAUUGUACUGUGGCUUUUCU